AUGUACGGUCCUGAGAACGGCGUAAGGUAUGAAGACUUGUUCCAUGAAGAUGCAAAAAACCUGGAUGAAGCCCCAAAAGUUAGACUUUUGCUUCGGAAUAUUGGUGCGGUGGCACAUCAAAAGUACAUUAGCUAUAUCCUUCCGAAGAAGCCCAAAUAUCAAAAUUUUGAUCAAACCGUAUCAAUUCUGAAGACCAUUUUCGGACGACAGAUUUCAGUGUUCAACGCAAGAUAUCAGUGUCUACAGCUGUCAAAGAACUCCAGUGAUGAUGUUUACACUUACGCAGGAAUCGUUAAUCAAAAAUGUGAAGAAUUCAAGCUUAACGAAGUGACGCCAGAUCAGUUCAAAUGCCUUAUGUACGUGUGCGGCCUCAAAUCACACCGGGAUGCAGACAUUCGCACCACUCUCCUGUCCCAGCGACUGAUCAAUCUAAAACGCGACACAGCAAUGGUAGAGAAGCAUAGCAGCACGGAGCAAUCAGUAUGUGCCAUAACUCGUACAAAUCCAUCAAGAUUCACUUCCAGCGAUGAACCUAAUGACGUUCCGAGAUCACCAUGUUGGAGAUGUGGAGAAAUGCACUAUUCGAAGCACUGUUUCUUUGUCAAUCAUGAAUGCCACACGUGUAAGAAGAUUGGUCAUAAAGAGGGUUAUUGCGCCUGUUUUGAGAAGCCGAUCAAAAAGCAGAAAGAUAAACGAUUCAAGCAAAAGUUUCAAGCACAGGGGGUGUUCACUGUCAAUCAAGUAGAACUAUCGGAUAGACGGAAGUAUGUCACAGUGGAGAUCAACGGAGUACCAAUUAAACUUCAGCUCGACUGUGCUUCAGACAUCACCAUCAUUCCUGAAGAUGUUUACGUUCAACUAGGUUCACCUGUAGCAAAAGUACCAUCCAUUGAUGCUGUUAAUGCUAGUGGCGAAGAGGUUGGACUUAUUCUUCCUUAUGCAUCUGCAAGCAAGAUUGAAGUAGUAUUGGAUCGUCUUCAAAAACUCGGAAUUAUCAUACCUGUAUCAUAUUCAGAGUGGGCUGCUCCGAUAGUAGCUGUGACAAAAACAAAUGGACGUGUCAGAAUAUGUGCCGACUACUCAACAGGAUUAAAUUCUGCAUUGGAGCCACAUCAGCAUCCGUUACCUCUACCUCAAGACAUCUUUGCCAAGCUGGCCAACAAAAAGGUGUUCAGUCAAAUUGACCUAUCAGACGCCUAUUUACAGGUCGAGAUUGAUCAAGAUUCACAAAAGCUGCUCACAAUUAAUACUCACAAGGGACUUCUUGAAUUUACACGACUUUCUCCUGGUGUCAAGACAGCUCCAGGUGCUUUUCAAGAAAUUGUAGACAACAUGAUCGCUGGUUUGGACGGAGUAAGUGGCUAUUUAGAUGAUAUCAUCGUGGCAAGUGAUUCAGUGGAAAAACACAUGAUUCAUUUAGAGCGUCUAUUUGCACGUAUUCGCGAAUAUGGUUUUACUCUCAAGAUUGAGAAAAGCAAUUUCUUCAUGAGUGAAAUUAAGUAUCUGGUGUUAAUCGUUGAUUCUCAAGGUAUACGUCCAGAUCCAGAGAAAGUUCGAGCUUUUAGUGAGAUGCCGGCACCGCAUGGUGUCACUACCUUACGAUCAUUUUUGGGUGCGGUGAAUUAUUAUAGCAAAUUUGUGCGUGGUGAUGAUGAUGAUGAUGAUGAUACUAUCAUCUAUUGUAGCAAAGGCACCUGCCAAUAG